AGAAAGUCCGUUGUUGCUGUGGGUUUCCUUGCAGCCUUCCUCUGUCUGAUCAUCAUUCGUCUCACAAAUGAAGUUAGCUUUCCUCUCAUCCUAAACUGCUUUGGACAAACCAGUGUCAAGUGGAUACCAUUUUCUAACGGCCAAAGGCGGCCUGUGAGAACUCACUAUGGAUAUAUAAAUGUGAAAACACAAGAGCCUCUGCAACUAGACUGUGACCUGUGUGCCAUCGUUUCAAACUCAGGCCAGAUGGCUGGCCAGAAGGUGGGAGCCGAGAUAGACAAGUCUUCCUGCAUAUGGAGGAUGAACAACGCUCCCACCAAGGGCUAUGAGGAGGAUGUUGGGAAGAGAACAACCGUAAGAGUGGUCUCUCACACAAGCGUGCCCCUGUUACUCAAGAACCCUGAGUAUUUUUUCAAAGAAACCAACAACACUGCCUAUGUGAUCUGGGGUCCUUUUCGGAACAUGAGGAAGGAUGGAAAUGGCAUCGUGUACAACAUGCUGAAGAAAACUGUUGACAGCUACCCAGCUGCCAAGAUCUAUGUGACAACUGAAAAGCGCAUGGGUUACUGUGAUGCUGUGUUUAAGAAGGAGACAGGAAAAGACCGAGUCCAGUCAGGUUCAUAUCUCAGUACGGGCUGGUUUACCUUAAUUUUGGCUAUGGAUGCCUGCUAUGGAAUUCACGUCUAUGGGAUGAUAAAUGACACCUACUGCAAGUCUGAAGGCUUUCGAAAAGUUCCCUACCAUUAUUAUGAGCCAGGAAGAGAUGAGUGUGAGGAGUACUUUCUGCAUGAAAAUGCUCCAUAUGGAGGCCAUAGAUUCAUCACAGAAAAGAAAGUAUUUGCUAAAUGGGCCAAGAAGCACACAAUAAUAUUUACGCACCCCAACUGGACAGUGUCUUGAUGCUAGUUUUCUUAACUCCCCUUUAAUAGCAUAAUAUUACAAAAAUGUCUCGGUUUACAAUAAUUUUGCUUACAUCUGACUGGACUUUCUCAGCCUAGGUAAUGCUAAACUAAAAUCUAGAAGACAAAGAGGGUGAUGGUUCAGCUGUUAAGCAAAAUUAAUCUAUCUGUGGAAGCAAGACAAGUUGCUUGUUGUUUCUUAGGGUUUUACUCUACAUAAUGCACUUUAUAUUGUAACUGGAUACUACAGCAAAACCAGAGCAGUUAGACAGCUGCAAUUUCCAGUAUAUACAGGUGCACAUGCACACACAGAGAACAAGGCAGUCCUUUAAAAUUUGUCUGUUGACUUAGUUAA